CUAUAAACAGAGAGAGUAAAGCUCUCUGCCCAUUAAAUGCUGCUUAUCGGGUGCAAGAUGCAUCAUGGCCCUACAGAGUCUCUGCACAGUAGAGAUAUCAUGUGUGGAUUGCCCAGAGGUUAUGGGGAACAAAGAUCUGUCUGGAAGUUCUGUUUGACCUUUGUGUGAGCUGGAAAGACGAAGUGAAAAAUGCAGGGAACUGUAGCUGGUUACAGCCUGCGCUACUGGCUGACCCUGAUCACUGGGUUGCUGGAGUGUCUGUUAUUUGCAGGCCUGGUGUUUGGCCAUGCCUCCCUGGUGUUUGUGCUGAAGAAAGAGGAAUACUUUGGUUGGCUGUGUGUCGACACUAACAGCACAACGGAUAGUAAAGACUGUAGUGGUCAGGAUGAGCAGUUCUCGCUGGUUUUUACUGUGGCCUCCUUCCUCAACAACUUCUUGACUCUAUUAAAUGGCUACAUAUUUGAUCACUGUGGCACACGGCUGACCAGACUGCUGGCAAUAGCCCUUUUUAGUGGUGGUACAUUGCUGGUGGCCCUCUCUAGCCCAGAAUUUUCAAAUCUGCUUUACCCCGCCCUGUCUCUUCUUGCUGUGGGUGGAGUCCUACUGCUCAUAACUAACAUGCAGGUGGGCAACCUGUUCCCUGCUCAUCGCUCCACCAUCAUCACCUUCUACAAUGGUGCCUUUGACUCCUCCUCUGCUGUGCUUCUCAUCGUUAAGAUUCUGUACGAACAGGGAAUCUCUCUCCACUACUCUUUCAUUUUCCUGACCAUCUGCAGCAGCAUUCACGUGGUGAGAACUUUCCUGCUGAUGCCGAAAACCCACAUCCCCUACACUCUGCCUGAAAACUACACCUACGGGAUAAACUGUGGAAAGGGAAACACUGACGCUGUGGAGGAGACUGAGAUGAAGGAAGGUCCGCCGACACAGGAGUCCCCUGAGACGGAGAACACGUCGCUGGCACCCGAGGGUAGGACAGAGGCUCAAAACACAGAAAAAGUGCAGUCGUUCGGCAGCUGUGUCAAGUCCAGUUUCUUCAUAUUUCACCUGGUGUGGUUGUCCAUCAUGCAGCUGAGACACUACUUCUUCAUUGGCACGCUCAACUCCAUGCUGAACCGGCUGGCUGAUGGUGACUCCAAGCUGGUGAGCCAGUACACCAAUGCGUUCGCAAUAACUCAGCUGUGUGGCAUCCUGUGUGCCCCCUGGAACGGACUCAUCAUGGACAGACACAAGAAGAAGCCUCUGGCUCCGGGAGAGACGGAGCAAGAGGCGGACCUGCGCUCCUCCUACCUGUCCCUGCUCCUGACUGCCCUGCAGUGCCUCCUCUUCUCUGUGUGCACCUCCAUUGCUUUUCUCCCGCUGCAGUACUUCACCUUCGUCCUGCAGGUCCUCAAUCGCUCCUUCCUUUACGGGGGGAAUGCAGCCUUCCUUAGCAUCGCUUUUCCAGCCUGUCACUUUGGGAAGCUGUAUGGCCUGGUGAUGGCUGUGUCUGCUGGAGUCUCUGUGCUGCAGUACCCCCUCGUCUCCGUGGUCAGAGAAUAUCCCUUUUAUGUGGACAUCGGCCUUAUUUUUCUCACUCUACUGGCGUUCAUCCAUCCUACAAACGUCUUCAUCCACUGCAGAAAACAAGGCCGCCUCAGGAAGGACCAUCCUGAGACUCGAGCCAGACUGUAGAGAGACGGUGAGACGAGUGUUUCAGCCUGUAGAAGGUUCGCGCUUCAGGUUCUCUUUGUUCCUGCUCACUGAUUUAAACUAGAAGCACAAGCAUUGACUUUAAUGUUUUGUUGAUCUUUAUUAAUUUCACUUUUGCGAACUGUUUUUUGUAAUUCAAUAAAAUGUUGUGUUAAA